AUGAUUGUUUAUUCGCAGGAUGUCUACUGCAAUGAAGUUUGGAUUUAUGAUGACGGAAAAUAUUCUCAUGAAGUGGAAGGCAUGCUUUGUGUCAACAAAGCAUGCUGCACGAUUCUGCCAUUUUUGACAACACUUCCGCCUCCGAUAACACUUCCACCACCGACAACACUUCCACAGUGCCAGUGUCCCUUAGAUUUGUACAGCGACAGUCUCUGCCCUAUUAAUGGACCUUGCAACAAAGAUCCCAAGGCAGUUACAUAUGGUUCUCCGCCGUUGUGUCCAUUCACCUUAAACUGCGAACAAACGGACUACGUACGAUUUCAAUAUGCUGAUGGCACUUAUACAAAUAACAUAAGGGUACGUGACUUUCGUCAGUCAGCAGAUGUCCAGUGCGUCAAUGGCGAAUGGCGUUAUUAUGGCCAGGCAAAAUAUGACACAGUAUUGCGUAACGUCGUCUGUUAUUCUGUUGCCAUUCCCCUAGGACUCGCAGGCUAUUUUUGGUAUUCCGCUAUUCAUGCAAGAGUAAAAGUAUAUGGCUUAGCGAACAAUGCUGAAAGGAGAGCAGAGCAGAACCUUGCUUGUUACUGCCGUUUCCAUGCUACUCAUAUCUCAAACAAGAAAGUCGGUAAAGUAAUCGGAAAAGGCAGUAUGCUUCGCAAACUCGUUUCCAAGCCAAGGCGGAGAACAAUACAUUGCUGUUUUGUGUGAACGAAAGUUGGAUACUGAACAUUAACGACACGGAGGUGAAAGUAAUGGAUGAUGAACUUAUAUCUUGUAAAUCGCUAAACAUAUCUUCGCUUGCUAUAUUUUGAUCAACGACUGUGC